AAAGUCCUGUAGUAGCCUACAAGAGUGACCGACAAGAAUGCAGUGGUCUUUACCUAGAAGAUUCCUGCAGGCUGCUCAUUAAAAUUAUUGCUUUAUCGACGCGCCUGUUGCCGCGUCUAUGUGGAUAUCCAGACGAAUAACCAACCCUUACAGCUGGUGGGGUCGGUGGUCCCGGGUACUCCGGGUAGUGGAGAAGUACCCCCUCCUCUUGCCCCACCACCACAAUUUAAUCCCCUCCCUCUCUCUCCCCCAUUGUGUUUGACUUGAAUUACUCAGUGACUCCCCAGGGGGGAGCGCUGAGCUUGGCGCUGUACGGAGGGAACAACAGAGCACUGACCACGGCACUCAUGUGACGCUGAGCGGGCAACAUGUGCACAUUGCCUGUCUGACUUCGAAUGGUGGCACAGCGCCUUCCUGGAAUCCAUACGCACAGAUCCGUGAAGUAACGGAGUUCCUCUGUGGAUAGGUAAGUGGUCGCAUUCACCUGUCUUUCCUUGUGGCCGCGAUACGGUUGACGUAAUAAACUGCUUUCGUUGGAUAGAUCCUUUCUCGGACAUAUUGUGGAGAGAGAACCAUGAGUACUGUGGAGGAGGAGCCGGACCACAUGAUACCAUGAAGAGAAGCCUGCAGGUCCUGCGCUGCCAGCUGCUGAGUGUCGUAGCAAUUCUGGUAGUGUCAGUGGGGCUGGUGUCCUCUGUCCAGGAGCCACACCCCAGCCGGACCCCCCAGGACCCCUCCAUGGACUCGAGCAGCGUCCCCCUCCCUGUCCUGCCCCCGGAGCCCCCUGGCUGGCAGGAGACCUCCAGCAGUGGGGAGCUGUCCGCCUAUGGAGGGGGUGUCCAAAACAUCCAGCCCACUGCCUCCAUCAGCACCCUGGAUCUUUUGCACUCACAGGCCAAGGCACUGGUGCCUGGCACACAUGCUAGUUCUGGUUUUGAUGGUUCUGGUUUUGGUGUAACAAAGCAGAAGUUUCUAGACCUACUUCAAAGUUCUGAUGGUGGAAACCAGGCCCAUAAACUUAAUGGAGAGACGUUAAAUGAGGCUCAGAAAAUGAAUGCCAUUGCCAGUAAUAACACAGACAUCCAUGUCGGGUCAGUGGUGGGAAACCAGAUGCAAAACAACACUUUUACCAGGAAGGACCAGCAGGGCGCGCCAGGUUCGGUCUCUGAAGGGGAGUCGGUGAGCCUGGCAGAGCCUGAUCUGGGCUCCCCUGGUUCUCCACCCUCAGGGACUGACCUGACCGCUGGUGGACAGGGUGCCCCGAAUGCAACAUCUGCCUCUGCCAUUCCUGCACCACCAGGGCCUUACACAGGGAGAGGAGACAGUAUUGGUCUCAAGCCUGAAGGCCUUAUGAAGGGUCCUCACCCCCAGGAGCUCAACGCGGAGGAGCCCACUUAUUCUUCAUCACUUCUCUUCACCUCAGCACUGAAGCCCUCCUCUCUCUCCUCUUCCUCCUCAGCUCUUUCUCUCGAUCCUGCCACUGCAGACGGAUUCCUCAGGGAGCGUGCCCAGACCAUGCCCGAACCGGCCCCGCAUCACUCCAUCACCCUGAGAGAGACGCACCCCCUGCCCGGAGAGAAGCCCACAGACCCCCUGAGCCUAGAGGCAGUCCCUUCCCCUGGCUCUGACACCUCCUCCACCACCAUUAAUACCGUACCCCCUACUAUAGAGAUGACAUCCAACACCACGACUUAUUCCAACGUCGCAGAUCCAGUGGGCAAUGUCACAGAGCCCUUAGGGGUCUCUUCGGCCCCAACUGUUGAGGGGGAAACACACUCCUCCGUGGGUAACAGCACACACGAAGCAUCCGUCGCCAUGGACAACAACAGCACGGUGGGUGGACCCUCUCCCGACGUCCGUUCGCACGGCAAAGGCUCGGCUCCUACAGAGGCCCCCUCCACAGCCAGCGGCAACUUCCUCAACAGGCAGGUCCCUGCGGCGACGACUGGGCCCUGGGGCCCCGGCAACCAGUCAGGCCCGGCCCUGGACCCCUCGCACACACAGGCCACCAUCUGCCUGGGGAAGAUGGACAUCGUGUGGGUGGUGCUCGCCAUCAGCGUGCCUGUGUCCUCCUGCUCUGUCCUCCUGACAGUGUGCUGCAUGAAGAGGAAGAAGAAGUCGUCCAAUCAGGAGAACAACCUGAGCUAUUGGAACAACGCCAUAACCAUGGACUACUUCAACCGACACGCUGUGGAGCUCCCUAGAGAGAUUCAAUCUCUGGAGACUGCAGAGGAACAGGAGACCUUCCUGCCACCUAAUGGCGACUACAGUGACAGUGGAGUGGUACUGGUGAACCCCUUCUGCCAGGAGACGCUCUUCAUCCACAGAGACAAGGCCUCGGACAUCUGAGAGACGGCAGAAGAAUGAUGGCCGUCAGCCAUGUUGAGGCGUGAUCAAAAUAAGGAGUAGGGGGUCUCAACUUGAUUCCCCAUCUGUGACUUUGAUUGCUUUUUUUGUAUGUGUUUAACCUUCCCUGUUCAAAGACUCCUCCUUUAUAUCCUAGAAAAAUAAAUAAGCGUACAUGAAGUUUUAAGGAUGAAUGAACCACAAAUACUAUUUACUAUGAGGCCGAGCCCGCAUAUUUUUCUGAUGUACAUUUUCUACAGAUGCUUAAUUGUGAUAAGGGUUUUUAUGUCGUUUUUAAAUAAAAGAUGAGACUAUGUGUGAUUCUGUUCUAUUUUCUGUGGCUUGGUAAGGCAAGGAGAUCUGCUUGUAGAAUUGAGUACUUAUAAAGAUGUUCCUGUGACCUUACCCAAAACUCUUAAGAAAUAAAGCCUGUUGAACUUGAAUUAUGUCAAUGAGGGGAUACAGAAAGAAAGGGCUUUGGUUUAUUAGAAGUGCCCUAAGUAUGCGUACUAAGAUGAGAUGGAAUUCACCUUGGGAAGUAGUUUCCUGGAAGGCUCGUGUGUUUAUUCAAACAGAAGAUUAAGGAUGUGUGAUUGUAAUGUGGAUGGAGCAGUCUUGGCAAACAAAACAACAUGUAUCCUACACCCCAAUCUGUAAGUUUCAAGGACUGACACAGUCCCAAACGCUUUGCAUGUUUACUUUCUCAGUAUCUUAACAGUGACACAGUAUCUAGCAAUGACACAUUUGCCAGGACUUGCCCAUCUGCUCUUUCCGAUUUCACGUUCUCGUCCCAAGUUUGAAUGAAUCCCCUGGUCUGUGAGCCCAAACUAUAAUGCUAUUAGGUGGUGAUUCCCCUCAUCUGUCACCAGCUAAGGGGACCAGAUGACGUAUCUUAAGUCGUUCUGUCCCGCUGUGUCAAACAGUGUGCUCUUGUGCGUGUGUCUCCAGCCGCAUGUGUCUUGUUUCAGGUGUCUGUGUAUCUGUGUGAGCGUGUGUCAGCAGUGAAACCUCUGUUUUUGUCUGAUUGCCCCACCAUCAGCACUGGUUUAGGAAAGCAAGUUCAAGCUACAGGAAAUUAUUAAAGAUUGACAUUAGCUGUAAGUUUAAGCUCUAUGCCAUGUAUGUUUCAGAACUACUUAAAAUGAUGUAUUAUAUAUGUUGGUGAAAAUCAAAGCUGAUUUGCCUCAAAUUAUUCUCAUUCAGCAAGAAACGUUUGCAUUGGCAAAAGUCUUUUGUCUAUCAGUUUUAACGGUUUUCAUUGAAUCAUUUUGCUGAGCAGGUGAAAAGUCCCUAAAUUAUAUUUUAGGCAUUUUAUUAAAGAAAAAUAUUUUUAUUUGCACAUGUAGGUACCUGUGUGCAUGACUGUGUGCGAGUGUGCCUAUCUUUCUUCAUGGAUUAAUGUAAUGACAGGUCUCUAUUGCCAAACAAGGGCAUUCAUUCUCUUUUUUUUAACCGCUCCCUUUUGAAAAUGAAUCCCAACCAAAAAUCAUCUGCAAGUAUCUUGUUAAUAAAUGCCUGUUACUAUAUAGCUAUUGGAACACGUGAUUUGGAUUCAUGUUAAGAUUUGAUGAUGUUAUCUUGAGGCUGUAGCAGUGGGCACAGGCAGGUGAUGGAGUUAGUUAGUGGCUAAGAAAAUACAGUAUCUGCCAUAUUUUGCUAUGAUUACAUUCAAAUGCAUUAAGAGUCUCGAUAAAAACAUUAAAGUACUUCAAGAUUGAUUAUCUAGAGAAUUAUUUCUCAUCGUGUAUUAUCACACAUUCUGUUUGCAAAGCAUUUGCUUAGCUUUUCAUCACUGCCUCCAUUAUUGUUUUCCAGUGUUUUGUUUUCUGUUUUUUUGUUGUUGUUUGUUUGUAUCAUCUAUGUAUGUGUGAUUGAUAUACAUCUGUCGGAGGUAAACAGCCUGAUUGAUUGUAUGCUGUGUCACUAUGUAUGGAUGUUUUGCUGGAGUGGGGUGCAAGGAAAGCAGCAUCGUAUAUUCGGUUCAACAUACCUUUAUGUCCCUUGUUAUGUAUUGUAGCACACACUGUACUUUUUACUGCUGAGCAAUAAAAAAGAAAAAAAUCUUUCA